AGAAGCAGAGCAUGGCUUCGAUGACGAUGACGUUCAGAACUAUUCCUUCAGGAUUUCAACAACAUCUCCGUUCUUCCAGACAAAUUUCCAUAACAAGCUGCCACAGUGGUGCUCUAACAUGUCGAAGCUCCACAUGCAUCGAGUUCCGUAAUAUUCAGCAGUAUCUGUGUAGGAGGCUAGCAUUUCCUAGUAGUUCCCAUAGGAGAGGUCUAAUAUCUGCAUCUAGUUCAGGUUUAGAGGCAUCUAUUACUGAUAAGAAGGGCAAUGCUAUAACAUUGAAAAAUGCGAAGAUAGUCAUCGAGUCUCAAGAUGAAAAUAAGAUACAAGUAAGAGUGGAGUUGACUGGGGAUGAGACGCAAAAAGUAUUUGAUCAGGUUUUAACAAAUUUAGCUCGCGAGGCACCACCAAUUCCAGGAUUUCGCAGGCAAAAAGGAGCCUAUUAGUUUGUGAGUCCAAGAGUUCUAACAAUAUUUCAUUUUGCUUGCGCACCCGUGCUACUCAAGGAAAAACAUCCCAGGCAAGUGGCUUCUGACCGUAGGCAAUUUUAUCAAAAAUCUCCCAUUUGAUAUUUGCAUUUAAUUUUGUUAUCUAUGCUUAAUCUGACCUUUUUGGUCUUAAAUGUUGAUUACUUAGAAAGGGGAUCAACAUGCUUAAACACCGUAGGCUUUACAUUUAGAGUGUUAAAAUAUUAAUUAAAUAAUUAAAUCUAUCAUUUUUUAAGCAUUUGAGAGGAGUUGUAAAUUAACAUAAACUAAUAAAUCCGAGUGUUUUUUACCAUAUGCCCAUGGUGUGUGAGUUCAUGGACUUAUGUACUUAACCUGAACAGCAUUUUUAAGGUGGAUUUGUGUUUAUCGUGCCCUUUAAUGGCUCCCCUUAUUCCUUUUCCAAUUUCAGGUGUUUAAAAUAUCCUAGU